AUGAGUGAUUUGCCCCCAUUACCACCCCCACCUCCCGGUAUGGAGGAUAACAACAAUACAUCUCCAAUGUCAGAUUCAGAUUCAAAUUCAGAUUCAGAAUUACCAGACCUACCACCUCCACCCCCACCUCCUAGUGGGUUUGAUGAUGAUUUAUCGUUACCGCCUCCUCCACCACCAGGAUUUAUGGAACACGAUGACAACGAAGAUCUACCGUCCCUACCACCUCCACCUCCACCACCUUCAGGCUUCGAAGACAGAUCACUGGCUGAAUUACCUCCCCCUCCACCACCUCCUCUAACUUUAUUACAAGAGAAUGAUUUUAUAGACCAUAAUAAGAGAAGAUACGAGUCCGAAUCCAAUUCCAAUGAUGAAGAAGUCAAUCAUGCCAAACAAGUAGGUAUGAACAAGAAGAAGAAACAGAAAUUAGGUGGUGUUAUUCAUUCAAAUAAAGUGGAAAUGCCACCAGAACAUCUAAGGAAAAUCAUGGAGGGCCACAAUGAAAUGGCCUCUAAGAGGUUCGACUAUGAUAAACGUGCAUUCUUGGGAGCUUUAAAAUAUAUGCCUCAUGCAGUACUGAAACUACUUGAGAAUAUGCCACAGCCAUGGGAACAAGUGAAAGAGGUCAAAGUCCUUUAUCAUGUUACAGGUGCUAUCACUUUUGUCAAUGAGAUCCCUAGAGUCAUCGAACCCGUUUACACUGCACAAUGGUCCACGAUGUGGAUCAGUAUGAGAAGAGAGAAACGUGAUAGAACACAUUUUAAGAGGAUGAGAUUCCCCGCAUUUGACGACGAUGAACCGCCACUAUCGUACCAGGAACACAUACAACCAUUGGAGCCAUUAGAUUCAAUAACAUUACCUUUAGAUAACAAUGACGAUCAAUGGGUGAAGAAUUGGUUAUAUGAUCCACGUCCACUAGCAGAAAAUAGUAGUAAUAGUAUUGGUGUAAAUGGGACGUCGUAUAAGAAAUGGCAUUUAAAUUUGCAAACCAUGGCUAACCUUUAUAGACUCUCCACGCCUUUAAAGGAUGAAAUUCUUGAUAACAAUUAUUAUUACCUUUUCAACAAGAAGGCAUUCCUUACUUCCAAAGCCUUAAAUAAUACCAUUCCAGGUGGACCAAAAUUCGAACCCUUAUACCCCAAAGAGGAAGAAGAGGAUUUUACUGAAUUUAACUCUAUUGAUAGAAUUAUAUUCAGAGUACCCAUUAGAAGUGAAUAUAGAAUAGCGUUUCCAUAUGUUUAUAAUUCAAGACCGCGUUCUGUUAAGAUUCCAUGGUACAGUGAUCCAAUUUCAUGCCUGACAAAAAAUCUUGAAGAUGUGGAUAUCCCAGCAUUCUUUUUUGACACCUCUCUAAAUCCAAUCACCUCGGUGAGAAAUAAUAAUAAGACAAGCAGCAUGAAACUUGAGAAUAUGGAAAACGAUAAAUUUACACUACCUGAAACGUUCACUCCCCUAUUAGCAGAUGAAGAUUUAGUUCUACCAGAUACAAAGGAUGCCAUAUCAUUAUUCCAUGCUCCAUAUCCGUUCAACAGAACAUCUGGGAGAACAAUCAGAGCACAAGAUGUUUCCCUUAUUAAAAAAUGGUACUUACAACAUCCCGAUGAAGAAUAUCCUGUUAAGGUGAGAGUGUCAUACCAAAGAUUAUUGAAGAACUACGUCGCCAACGAACUCCAUACUGUGCCAGCGUCAAAUAGCAAAAAAAUUAAAUUAUUGAAAAACCUCCGAAAUACAAAGUACUUCCAACAAACAACCAUUGAUUGGGUAGAAGCAGGAUUGCAAAUAUGUUCACAAGGCCAUAAUAUGUUGAAUUUAUUAAUUCACAAAAAGGGACUAACAUACUUGCAUUUAGAUUACAAUUUUAAUCUGAAACCAACAAAAACGUUAACUACGAAGGAACGUAAGAAAUCGAGGUUCGGUAAUGCAUUCCAUUUAAUGCGAGAACUACUAAAGAUUGUGAAAUUAUUAGUUGAUGCUCACGUGCAAUACAGACUUGGCAAUGUAGACGCGUUCCAACUAGCUGAUGGUAUUUACUACAUUUUGAAUCAUCUAGGGCAACUUACCGGUAUAUACCGUUAUAAAUACAAAGUGAUGCAUCAAAUUCGUGCUUGCAAGGAUUUGAAACAUGUGGUCUACUAUAGAUUCAAUAAAAUAUUAGGUAAAGGUCCAGGUUGUGGGUUUUGGCAACCAGCAUGGAGGGUGUGGAUAUUUUUCAUAAGAGGUAUUAUUCCGUUAUUGGAAAGAUGGUUAGGUAACUUACUUAACAGACAGUUUGAAGGACGUUCUAAUGAAGUUGUAAAAACAACUACGAAGCAAAGAGUGGAUGCGUACUAUGAUUUGGAGUUAAGGGCUUCUGUCAUGAAUGACAUUCUAGAAAUGAUACCAGAAGGCAUCAGGGAUACUAAAGCAAGAACAAUAUUACAACAUCUAAGUGAGGCUUGGAGAUGCUGGAAGGCGAAUAUUCCCUGGGAUGUACCCGGUAUGCCAGAACCGAUUAAAAACAUCAUUGAAAGAUAUGUAAAAGCAAAGGCUGACGGAUGGAUGUCAUCAGCCCAUUAUAAUCGUGAACGUAUUAAACGUGGUGCACACGUUGAAAAGACAGUGAUGAAAAAGAAUUUAGGAAGAUUGACAAGAUUAUGGAUCAAGAAUGAACAGGAAAGACAACAAGAGAAGGAAAAGAACGGUCCAGAAAUUACACCUGAGGAGGCUACUUCUGUAUUUUCUACCAUGGUAAACUGGUUCGAAGAAAGAAGUUUUGCACCAAUCCCGUUCCCUCCUUUAACAUAUAAGAAUGACACAAAAAUACUUGUACUCGCCUUGGAGAACUUAAAGGAUGCAUAUGCAUCCAAGGCUCGACUAAAUGCGGCAGAAAGAGAAGAAUUGGCUUUGAUUGAAGAAGCAUAUGAUAACCCACAUGAUACCUUGAAUAGAAUCAAGAAAUAUAUCUUAACACAGCGUGUGUUUAAGCCGGUGGAUAUAACAAUGAUGGAACACUAUCAAAAUAUUUCUCCUGUCUAUGCAGUUGAUCCUCUAGAAAAAAUCACAGAUGCCUACUUAGAUCAAUAUCUAUGGUAUGAAGCUGAUCAAAGGAAAUUGUUUCCAAAUUGGAUCAAACCAAGUGAUGCAGAAAUACCGCCUCUUCUUGUAUACAAAUGGACACAAGGUAUAAAUAACCUUUCAAACGCAUGGGAUGUUACUAAAGGCCAAUCGACGGUUUUGCUGGAAACUCAAUUAGAAGAACUGGCUGAGAAGAUCGAUUUUACUCUUCUUAAUAGACUACUAAGACUAAUAAUGGAUCAAAAUAUUGCUGAUUAUAUGACUGCAAAAAAUAAUGUGGCACUCAAUUAUAAAGAUAUGAGUCAUGUUAACAAGUAUGGAUUAUUAAGAGGGCUACAAUUUUCAUCCUUUAUUUAUCAGUAUUAUGGUCUCGUAAUGGAUCUUUUGAUAUUAGGACCAGAUAGAGCAUCUGAUUUAGCAGGUCCACCAACGAUGCCCAAUGAAUUUAUGCAUUUCAAGAGUGAAGAGGUUGAAAAAAGACAUCCAAUAAAGAUGUAUUGCCGCUACCUAGAUAAGGUUUACAUUGUCUUCCAAUUUGAUGAAAAAGAUGCUGAUGACUUAACUGAGGAGUACCUCGCCGAAAAUCCUGAUCCAAAUUUCGAAAAUGCAAUAGGCUAUAAUAAUAAAAAAUGUUGGCCCCGUGAUGCUCGAAUGAGACUGAUGCGCCAAGAUGUAAACCUGGGCAGAGCAGUCUUCUGGGAAGUUCAGAGUAGAGUACCAUCCUCUUUAAUAGUAAUGGAUUGGAGCAAUUCAUUUGCGUCGGUAUAUAGCAAGAAUAACCCUAAUCUUCUAUUUACAAUGUGUGGAUUUGAAGUGAGAAUUUUACCUAAACAAAGGAUGGAUGAGGUUAUUUCCACUGAUGAAGGUGUUUGGGAUCUUAUUGAUGAAACAUCAAAGCAAAGAACAGCUAAAGCCUUUGUGAAAGUAUCAGAUGAUGAAAUUGAGAAGUUUGAUAGUAGAAUAAGAGGCAUUUUGAUGGCGGCAGGCUCGACAACAUUUACUAAGAUUGCUUCAAAAUGGAAUACCGCCGUUAUUUCUUUGUUCACCUACUUUAGAGAAGCUACCAUUUCAUCAGAACGCUUACUGGAUGUUUUGGUUAAGGCAGAAACGAGGAUUCAAAAUCGUGUGAAAUUGGGGUUAAAUUCCAAAAUGCCAACACGUUUUCCUCCAGCGGUUUUCUACACGCCAAAGGAAUUAGGGGGGCUUGGCAUGAUUAGUGCCUCACACAUUCUAAUUCCUGCUUCCGAUUUAAGUUGGUCCAAACAGACAGACACAGGUAUCACUCAUUUCCGUGCUGGUAUGACACACGAAGACGAUAAAAUUAUACCAACCAUAUUCCGUUACAUAACUACAUGGGAAAAUGAAUUCUUGGAUUCUCAAAGGGUUUGGGCGGAAUAUGCGUCGAAGCGACAAGAAGCUAUUCAGCAAAAUCGUAGAUUGGCGUUCGAAGAGUUGGAAGGAUCUUGGGAUCGAGGAAUCCCUCGUAUAAGUACCCUUUUUCAAAGAGAUAGACAUACGCUUGCGUACGAUAGAGGCCAUCGUGUACGUAAAGAAUUCAAGAAAUUUUCGUUAGAGAGAAAUAGUCCAUUUUGGUGGACUAACUCACACCAUGAUGGUAAACUUUGGAAUUUAAAUGCCUACCGUACCGAUGUUAUCCAGGCAUUAGGCGGGAUUGAAACUAUUUUGGAACAUACGUUGUUCAAAGGUACGGGGUUCAACUCUUGGGAAGGUUUAUUUUGGGAGAAAGCCUCUGGUUUUGAAGAUUCCAUGCAAUUCAAAAAACUAACCCACGCCCAAAGAACCGGUUUAAGUCAAAUUCCGAAUCGUCGUUUUACGCUUUGGUGGUCACCAACUAUCAAUAGAGCUAAUGUUUAUGUUGGUUUUGUCGUUCAAUUGGAUUUGACUGGUAUCUUUUUACAUGGUAAAAUCCCAACUCUAAAAAUCUCGUUGGUUCAGAUAUUCCGUGCCCAUUUGUGGCAGAAAAUUCAUGAAAGUAUCGUGUUUGAUAUUUGCCAAAUCCUUGAUGGUGAACUGGAUGUGCUCCAGAUUGAAACUGUGACAAAAGAGGCUGUUCACCCACGUAAAUCAUACAAAAUGAAUUCAUCAGCAGCUGAUGUUACAAUGAAUAGUGUGUCUGAGUGGGAAGUUUCCAAACCUUCUUUACUACAUGAGACAAACGAUAAAUUCAAUUCAGUAAGAACAAGUAAAAUGUGGUUUGAUGUUCAAUUGAGAUAUGGGGACUAUGACUCUCACGAUAUAUCUCGUUAUGUCCGGGCCAAAUUCAUGGAUUACACUACGGAUAAUGUAAGCAUGUAUCCUUCUCCAACAGGUGUUAUGAUUGGGAUAGAUCUAGCUUACAAUAUGUAUGAUGCCUAUGGUAGUUGGUUUAGCGGAUUAAAGCCUUUGGUUCAAAAUAGUAUGAGAACCAUAAUGAAAGCAAAUCCGGCAUUGUACGUGCUCCGUGAACGUAUCAGAAAAGGUCUUCAAAUUUAUCAAUCGAAUGUCCAAGAACCAUUCUUGAACUCGUCAAAUUACGCCGAAUUGUUUAAUAAUGACAUCAAACUUUUUGUGGAUGAUACUAACGUUUAUAGAGUUACAGUUCACAAGACUUUUGAAGGAAAUGUUGCCACGAAAGCUAUCAAUGGGUGUAUUUUUACGCUAAAUCCUAAAACCGGACAUUUAUUCCUCAAAAUUAUUCACACAUCUGUUUGGGCUGGUCAAAAACGUUUAAGUCAACUUGCAAAAUGGAAAACUGCGGAGGAAGUCAGCGCUCUAGUAAGGUCUUUACCUAAGGAAGAACAACCCAAACAAAUUAUUGUUACUCGUAAGGCAAUGUUAGAUCCAUUAGAAGUCCAUAUGCUUGAUUUCCCAAAUAUCGCGAUUAGACCAACAGAAUUAAGAUUACCGUUUUCUGCAGCACUAUCUAUCGAUAAGCUAUCAGAUGUAGUCAUGAAGGCCACAGAACCACAAAUGGUCCUAUUUAACAUUUAUGACGACUGGUUAGAAAGUGUUUCUUCAUAUACAGCAUUUUCAAGAUUAAUCCUGUUACUUCGUGCGUUAAAAACCAAUGAAGAAAAGGCUAAAAUGAUUAUAUUAGCAGACCCAACCAUACCUAUAAAACCACAUCAUCUAUGGCCAUCAUUUUCUAACGAGCAGUGGAUUAAUAUCGAAUCUCAAAUGCGUGAUCUAAUUUUGACAGAAUACGGAAAGAAGUACAACGUCAAUAUUGCCGCUUUGACCCAAACUGAAAUUAAGGAUUUAAUAUUAGGACAAAAUAUCAAGGCUCCAUCUGUGAAGAGACAGAAAAUGGCAGAGUUAGAAGCAGCAAGAUCCGGAACUCAAGAAGGUGAAGAAAAUGCUGGAGCCUCUACUGUAAUGAAAACGAAGAGCGUCAAUGCUCAAGGAGAGGAAAUAGUUGUGGUUACAUCUGCAAAUUACGAAAACCAAACCUUCAGUUCAAAGAAUGAAUGGAGACAGUCAGCUAUAGCAGCAAGCCUGUUGUAUUUACGUCUGAAAAAUAUAUACGUUUCAUCUGAAGAUUUCGUUGAAGAAAAAAAUGUCUAUGUUUUACCAAGAAAUCUAUUAAAUGACUUCAUCAAAUUAUCAGAUAUUAAAAUCCAAAUUGCAGGCUAUCUCUAUGGGAAAUCUCCAGCAGACCAUCCGAAUAUUAAAGAAGUCAAGACAAUUGUGUUGGUUCCUCAAUUAGGUAAUAGGAGAGGUGUCGAGAUGGCUAAUCUGCCAGGUAAACAUCCUCAUAAAUACUUGGAAGAUAUGGAACUGUUAGGAUGGGUGCAUACCCAAAGUGAUGAAAAUAAGUUCAUGUCUGUAAAUGAGGUUAUGACACAUGCACGUCUAUUCGGUGACCACGAUCCAAAUGCGAUUGAUUUAUCUAUGUACUCUAAACCUGGUUCAGUGUCUCUUGCGGCGUAUAACCUUUCUGAAGAGGGAUUCUUAUGGGGUAAAGAAAAUAAAGAUAAAAUUCACGAGACGCCAGAAGGUUUUGAAUCUAGGUUUACGAUCGAUGCUCAACUAUUAUUAUCCGAUCGUAUCAUGGGUAAUUUUAUUGUACCAACGUCUGAUGUAUGGAAUUAUACGUUUAUGGGGACAAGAUUUGAUCCAGAAAUGAAGUACGAAUUGAAGCUGGCCAUCCCAUUAGAGUUCUAUAAUGAGCAACAUCGUGCAACACAUUUUAUACAAUUUAAUGAGAUCCAAGAGAAUACAGAGUUGGAAGCAGAACAACAGGAUCCAUUUGCCUAA